AUGGCCACAACAAUCUACCCCCCAAUCUCCCCCGCCGAGCUCCUCCAGCAGGAGGACCUCUCCGCCUCCAACGAACUAACCUGGCUCCUCACCACCCUCCCCGACACCCUCCACUCCCUCCGCCACGGCCUGCACAGCUGCCGCACCCUCCUCUCCCCACACACAACCUCCACCCUCGCCCUCACCUCCCCGCGCAGCGAGGCCCUCAAAGGCUUCGUCACCCGCGCCGGCCCCACAAUCACAAAGGGCGACAUCACCGCCAAGCUCCACGGCCUCCCACCCAAACACAAGCUGACCCUCGCGCGCGACCUACACAUCGAGCAGCUCACCGACGUCAAGAACCACGUCCGCGAGUGCCUGGCCCUCCUCGGCCCCGAGGGCGCCGAGGCGGCAUGGCUCGGCCGCGGCCGCGACGGCGCGGCGGGCGCGCUGCGCAAGAUGCGCGUGUUGAGGGGCGGCAUUGCGGCUGCGCGGGCGGCGCUGAAGGGGGCGAGGCCUGCCGCGCUGUUUCCGUGCCGCGCGGUGGAUCCGAGGAUAUUCGACCCCCCGCUACCGCCGCUGCUGGCGUUCGAUCUAUACAUCACCGAAGCGGCGCUAACCGCGGAGCUGCGCACGCUGGAGCCAGUUGCUGUGGGCAGCGUCGACGGCGGUAGUGCCCCAGGGGGCGGGUUUGGGUUUGGGCAGCGGUUUGCGGCGGCGGUGGGGCUGCGCGGGGGCGUGGGGAUGGGGAUGGGGGGAGGGGGAGGGGAGGCGGAGGGCGCAGAGGUGUUUGUGUAUCGCGGCGCGAGCGUGCGCGUGAGGGAGCGGAUCAAGGUCGAGAGCCAGGACCCGAAUCUGAUGGCGGUGUGGGCGAAGCUAGGGGGGCUGGAGCAUGCGCUGGUGGGCGCGAUUAAGAGUUUGGAGAUGGUGGCGGGGGCGGCGGGUGUGGUGGUGGUGUAG